UGUGAGUGAAAAGAAUAUAUACCAACCAGCCAUAAGAGAUUAAGUAAAUCAGAUACAGAAAAUCAAAAUGACUGUGUCGUGCGGGGUACUAAUCAUUUUGAUUGCCUUUGCAAUAAUGAUAAUUGUGUACUCCUUUGUCUUUAAUUUGCGGGGCUUAUCUUCAUGCUUCUCUCCAUUAGAACAGCCUUGCGAAAUAGUAUACAACAAAUCUUCAUUUUUUCUUGGAGAGGGCUGUGGAACCCCCGUUUUCGAAGUUAUAUGUGAAAACAACAGAUCAGUAAUUUACUUCAACUAUGGCAAACGUCUCUCCAAAGCCAUCAUAGCCUUUCCAAAUUCCACCUCAUUCCGUUACAUCGAGACUGGAGUUAGUCCGGAUAAUAACAUCCCUAUCAUCAAUUCCUUUUCUCUUCCGUACGAAAAUGUCUCCUUCUUGACCUAUCUUCGUGUAAAGGAAUUUAUAACUGUUAUGAGAUGCGAAAAACCAGUAGAUGGUGACGGGUAUUGGGAUAUUUCUCCUGAGAGUUGUGUUGAUGAGGAAAAGCAAUAUUCAUAUUUAUAUGGUGUAGGUGAUUCUUUGAAAUCAGAAGUGAGAGAUAUAGAAGAGUCAUGCAGAAUAGAGAUGAAGGUAGUGACGAGUUGGUGGGAUGGAAAGGUGAAAUGUAAUAGCAAAUAUCCAGAUGUUCAGACUGAGUAUGUGAAUGGAAUCGAACAUCGUUGGCGACCAAUAAGCUGUGAGGGAGACAGUGAGGAACAACCAGUGCCACUCACCUGCACUUUCGUAAGCGCAGUUGCAUACAUAUUCCUUCUGUUGCUAUGGAUUGUUGGAAAAUUUGUUCUUGGCUCACCCUUUGUGAUUGCGGUUUUGAUAUUUAAAUGGAGAAAAAAACAUUUAUCCAUAUAUGACAAGGUUGAAGAUUUCAUCCAAAGUCACAAUAAUUUCAUACCCAUUAGAUACUCUUAUUCUCAAAUCAAAACGAUGACCAAACAUUUCAAACAUAAGUUAGGCGAAGGAGGCUAUGGUUCUGUCUACGAAGGAGUGCUUCAGAGCAAACGUAGAGUGGCUGUUAAGGUAUUGACUAACUCUCAAACCAAUGGACAAGACUUUAUCAAUGAAGUUGCAACCAUUGGAAGAAUACGUCAUGUCAAUGUGGUUGAGCUAAUUGGAUUUUGUGCUGAAAGAACAAAGCAAGCUCUGAUCUACGAGUUUAUGCCUAAUGGUUCUCUUGAUACACACACAUUUUCACAAGAGCAAGGAAACUCGUCUUCAUUAGGAUACGAUAAAAUCUAUGAUAUCUCGCUUGGAAUUGCUUGCGGAAUUCAAUACUUACACCAAGGUUGUGACAUGCAAAUCAUACACUUUGAUAUAAAACCUCAUAACAUUCUUCUUGAUGAGAAUUUCAGCCCAAAAAUAUCUGACUUUGGUUUGGCAAAAUUGUAUCGAAUAGAUCAAAGUAUUUUAACUUUAACAGCAGCAAGAGGAACAAUGGGUUACAUGGCCCCUGAAUUGUUGUACAAGAACAUUGGAAGCAUAUCUCAUAAAGCUGACAUUUUUAGUUUUGGAAUGAUGCUAAUGGAAAUGACAGGUAAAAGAAAGAACAAAAACUAUAUAGAGAAUUGUUGGCAAGACUACUUUCCUAAGUGGAUUUAUGAUCAGUUUGAGGAAACAAUAGAUACAAACAACGUAACGCUUGAGGAAAAGAAUAUUGCAAUGAAGAUGAUUGUGGUUGCCUUGAAAUGCAUACAAAUGAAACCAGAUGACCGACCCUCAAUGAAUGAAGUGAUAGAAAUGCUUGAAGGAGAUGAAGUUCCUCAACACCUUCAACUUGAUCCACAAUCUCUAUUAACAUGGCAGACCAUGUCAACAGAUGCAGAUGAAUUCAAUGACAACUAACAUUCAUCAUGAACUACAGGUGAAGUGGAAGUACAAUAGUGUAUGAAAUUGAAACCAAUGAUACUGAUUCCAACUAUCGUGCUGUUUUAAAGGGUACUAGUAUAUAUGUACUACAAUUUUUUUCAUGCACUUUUGUGUCUUUA